AUGCUUCACCAGCUUCCAGAUUUUUCAUCUUAUUGCAGUCCCAAUGUUCAACUUAAAGGAUUUGAAAAAUUAUUAGAACAGAUUAAUCAACAAGUUGCAAAUUAUGCCAGAAAAUCAACUUUGAGAUUAGAUAUUUGUGCACCAAAACGUAUCUUUCUUUGUUGUCCAGUUCCUGAUUGUAGAAAACUCAAGCCUUACUUGGUAAAAGGUUGUUUCAAAAAUCAUUUGAUUAACAAACACAACUACAGUCUAGAAGCAGCUGCUGAGGAAGUUAAAAACAUGGAGUGUCAAGAAUUUCUUCACCAAAUGCAGAGAGAUGUUGAAUCACGAAAAACUUCAGCAUCAUGUUGUGACAAUUCCAAUUCCGAAGAAACACAAUCAAACACCACUAAUGAAUAUUCGGCUGAAGAACUCAAACACAAGCCCAGUGAAUUGCGGUCCAUAUUUAAAGGCAAUAUUUCGGUGAUAAAUUCUACACCACAAAGCAUGCCAUUAGAACAACAAUUGCUAAAAGUUGGUCGUAAAUUAUAUCAUGUUGUGGUAAUGGAUUUAGAGACCACAGGCCUCAAUGUCAAAUAUAAUAAUUCGAUCAUUCAAAUUGCUUUCCUUUCCCUUGCUACAAAUCAAUUGCAUUCAAUAUUUGUGCGACCAGAACCGAGUACAAAAUGGCAAAACAAAGCAACAGAAAUGCAUCAAGAAAAGAUGAAUAUUUUGGCGAAGAGUGAUUUUCUUCGGAACGUGAUUCCUGAUGUGUAUAAUUAUUUGACAUGUCAAGGAGUGGCUGAUGUGAUAUUCUUAGUUCAUUCGACGUCGUUGGAUGAAAAGUUUUUCACGAACGCCGUUAGUAAUAUUUGCAAAGUUAAUUUUCAUUAUUGCCAUACGAUGGAGAAGGCUAUGCUUGGAAGGGAUGCUUUGGAAAAGCAAUAUUCAUCUCUAUCGGACAAUCCUCCAGGAACACCUCACAAUGCUGCUGUUGAUGUGGUGAUGUUGUACGAUUUACUGUUGAAAAAGUUUGCUGAUGAUAAGAGCAUCGUGCAAGCAGUGGAGAAGAAAUUGCAGCUCCGUUUCAAACAAACAACCCUCCAUUAA